AUGUCUGCGCCCAUGUAGACAAAACGUCGAACACAUUUCUAAGAUAAUUUACCACACAAUAAGUAAUCAUUUACCAAUGAAAUUGUAAACAUUUGAUUGCACAGACAUAUAUAGUACAUAAUUAACAUACUUGCCCAGUUUUGAAAAUCACCAUGGCGUUUUCUGUGCACGAAAACGUUUUUUCUCUUGAGUAAUCAUGGUAAUAGGGUUUCACAACAAAAUGCAGCCUGUUCGAAGAAUGAUAGCAUUAUGCCAAAGUUCACAAUGCCAGCAUAUGUUGAAAUUGACAUAUAAGCAUGGUACUUGUUCCAGCAUUCAACAGCGGUUCUAUAGCACAGCUGGAGAAUAUAAGUAUAGAAAAUCAGCAUUGUUUGCCAAAAGACAAAGUAAAGUGAAUCAAGAGAAUAUUCCAGUUGAACUUGACAUUGAUAUUGAAGAGAGGCUAAAGGUUAAAGGUCAACUUCUCUCUGAACUGUCAUCUAGGAACAUCCAUGAUGUAGAUAUUGAUCAGUUGGAAAGAGAUUACAAAAAACUAAAAGAAUUGGAAAAAAGAGAAUUGGAAUUAGAAGAACAAAAACGAGAAUGUACCAAGAAAGUAGCAAUCCUUUUUCAAGCUAAGAGAGAUAAUCUGGAAUCUUCAGAUGACAUAGAAAAAGAGCUGAAAAAUGUUGUAGAGAUAGGAAGACAAACUAAGAAAUAUAUCAAAGAUUUAUUUCCUGAAGUGACCAGUACAGCCGAAAGAGUUGCUUUGACCUCACUUAAUUUACCUAACAGACUGCAUGAAAAUACUCCUUUAUCAGAAGACAGAGUUGAAGAAAACGUUGACAAUGAUACAGAUAAAUCACAGUCAUUGUCGCAUAUAGAAAUCGGUGAUUUGUUUGAUUUGAUAAAAUUCAGCAAUAUAGGAAACAGGGCAUUUUAUUUUAAAGACAGUUUGGCUUUACUGGAACAAGCUUUAACAAAUUAUUUUUGUGAAAGAUUACGACAUGAUGUUUAUACACAACUCACAUGUCCAGAAUUUUUUAAACAUCUAAUUGUGGAAGGUUGUGGAAUAGAGUCUGAACAGGUUUUAAAAUUGAAAGAAAGACCAGAGAAUCCUUCAGAUGAUUACUUGGCAGGGGUGUCCAUCAUGUCUUUUAUCGCAUAUGUAGCAAAAAGUAGGAUCAACCUAACAAAUGAACCAAUGAAAUAUUUUUCUUGUGGGCGGAGCUACGCACCAGAAAGAGAGAAUCCUAGUUUAGGACUAUUUCAUGCCACACAGUCAGUAAAGGUUAACACAUUUUCCAUGUGUAGAGACUGGGAAACAUGUGACAACUUGCUUCAGACAGAGAAAAAUAAUUUAUGGAAUAUUUACAAACAAUUUAAUAUUCCAUGUAGACUUGUGACAAUAUCUUCACCAUCAUUACACAGGUCAGAGGAAAUGAGAGUUGAAAUUCAGUUCUGGGCCAAGUCUCUACAAAAAUAUUUAAAAAUAUCCUCCGUCUCCAUGGUGAGUGACUAUAUCAGCAGACGGCUUAUGACGAGGCAUUACAAAGGAACAUUACCUGUUUAUAUGGUUCAUUGUGAGGCUCUAGAUGUUACCAGACUUAUUGCCAUUUUAAUGGAAUAUGGGGCUUUACAACAGGAUUCAUACAGAUUUCCUCAGCUGGAAUUCCUGGACAAAUACUGGAUGCAUCCAAAAUGAAAAAUGACAUUUACUUAAAUAAAAAGUUGUUUUUAGGCUAAAUUAUGUGUGGCUUAUAAAAAAAAGGAAAAUCACAUGAUUAGAUAUAACUCUUCAUUGAUAAAGAACAGAAGAGAGGAAACAAAAAAAUCUGAAUUUUUAAUGAAAAAAACAUUGGCCAGUGGUAGACUUUGUCAGAAUUAUGAAUAAACAUGAUAAAUGGGAUACAUUUGGCAUCAUCACCAGUGUGCCAAUAGGAUACAUUUGGCAUGCAUACGAGGGUGCCAAAAGGAUACAGUUGGCAUGCAUAUGAGGGUGCAAAAAGGAUACAUUAAACAUCAAUGAGCCAGCCCAUAGUCUAACAAGAAGAAACAAAACAGCAUGAAAAUAAUGUUAUUUGCAAGUGAUACCUGUAACUUGGAGAUAUAUCUUUCCUAUGUAGAUGGAUAAGUGCUGCUGGAAUGUUGCUUCUUAAACAAGGAAAACAAAAUGGGAAAAUUCAAGUUGUCUUAUUUUUGUGGUGGAUUAGUUUUUAAUGGACUCUGUAACUAUUGAUUUGCAACUAUUUUGCCUUUUGGCAUUUAAAAAUGCAUAAAGAAUUGUGUUCUGAAUAGAAUUUGUCAGUUAAUGAUCUAUUGUUUGUCUUACAUUUUUCCACUCUUCCAAUAAAAUUUAAACUAACUAACACAUAACUGUAGAAGUGGGUGAACUGCUACUGAAACACACCAAACUUC